UGUUCUCACCGAUUUCGGUUUUUGUUACAGUCUUGUCACACUUAUUGGUCAGCUAUUAUUAAUAUAAGUAACCGUUUUUUCACUAUAAUAAUCAACAAAUUACUAUCAUUAGCCUACUGUAUAAUCAUGGUCACAGAAAUGGAGAAGCAAAUUCUCAUGCAUGCUUCUCCUCGCUAGUUGCAUUCUAAACAGAUAUUGAUAUGUCUGAUAUUCAUAAUAUCUUAAAAUGAUGUGUUUUGUGGGUAAAUAAUGAUUCAUCAUGACCAUGCUUCAGGCUGGCUGAAUGUUUUGUCUCGAGCUUGACUUGAAUGCAGUCUUGUGUUAUACCUCAUAGCAAUGCUGUGAAAUUCUCAGACGACCCAAUUGUCAGGAAUCAUUGUGAAAAGCAACAUUGUUGUGAGCAUAGGACAUGCUUUAGCCACAGCAGUUUGAAGAGUGCAUGAAUGAGGCAUUCAGCUGCUGGACUCCGUGAGACAGUGACCGUGAGAGAUGUUCAUGAUGGGACUACCCUGGCUGCUAGUUUUGGAGCUUGUCCUUUACGCUGGUUGUUUCAUCUGUGGGGUGAUAGCUGCCGCCUGGAUGACACUCACUCAGGGCCACUUUGAUGGACGGUGCAUCCUCUAUGGAAGUGUUCAUUAUAACACAUCUGGCCAGGCUCUGACCGUGGAAGGCGCCAGUUCUCCUUCUCUCUGCUAUUUUGUCUCAGCCAUCGCCGUGUGCAUGGAUUACUGCUUUUCCCUUAUUCUUUACUGGAUCUAUGUCAGCUGUGUGGAUGAGGAUGUGAGAAGGGGGACUGUUUCUCUCAACACGUCUCUGGGAGUCUGUGGCCUACUUCUGUUUUUUCUCUUGGUGUCAGGAUGUAUUCUCAAGAUCGGUCGGGACAGCUUGUGUUUCUCUGUCCUUCACAAUGUUCCUUCCAUUACCAGUUGUGAAGAUGCAGAGAAUAAGACAUGGGCUCAUCCAUACACUGGAAAUCAGUUCUACACAGGACUGUACAGUACUGAGAGGUCAGUGUGGGUAAGUUUCUUCUUCUGGGUGUUGAUAACGGCCGUGGUGGUCAUACAGAGACGCCAGAGCUCAAGGUUGAAGGUUUGGGGCAAUGAUGAGUGGAGCCGUGCUGAGACGGAGCCCUUCCUCCAUCGCCCAUCCCAACCAAGAUAAAUCACCAGAGACCAUCAUCACAUUAGCUAAUCAUGAAGUAUCAUGCAGAGUUUGGUACAUUCAGUUAUGUGGGAACACAAGCAGUAACAAAAUACUUCGUAUUUUUGUGGCAACACUUGAGUUUUUAUUUCAUUGUCCACUGAAAUAGUACUUUGAUGUGGUAGCUACAAUAAUAUACACAACAUUUAAAGAUAUGUCCAGAGAGCCAAUAGACAUGUCUAAGAUCAUGAUGGAUAUAAGAUCAACCAUUAUCAAAAUAAAGUAAUCAGGAAUCCCAUUGUUGCAGAAUAAUCGGAAAGUAAUUCUCAAAAUGAAGAAGGGGUCUCUUCUAUACCCUGAAGGGGUUUAUCUUAUUUACUACACAUUUAGCAAAUAAAGAAAAUAAAUUAAAUACAAUUUUAAUUUGAGUUUAAAUUAUUAUUAUUUAUGUUGAAAUUGAGGACAGUGCCGAGUGUUAUGAGAUAUAAAAGUAGCACAGCUUGCCAUGUAUGAAAUUGCUUGCCUUGAAGUCAAUAAUUAUUAUAAUUAUGUGUAUGUGUGUGUGUGUGUAUGUAUAUAUAUAUAUAUAUAUAUAUAUAUAUAUAUACAUAGGCUAAUAUAUACACAUUUUUUUUAUCAAAAUUAAUAUAACUUGGAUGAAAGUUUUUGAUCCAUUUCAAAUGUUGACUACUAUAUAUAUAUAUACUAUCUAUAUAUAUAUACUAUCUAUAUAUAUAUACUAUCUAU